GAUCUGACACGAUUGAACAACCUGCAUUGCUGUCAUCUACCAAAACAGUUGUACCACAGACGAGUUUAAUGUCGUGUCGUGUGUCGUGUCGGGUGGUCAAGAGAUCAAAUUUUUGCCGAUUUUUUUUAAAUAAUUAAUUUUAGUUAUCAUUAAGCAACUACUAUUCAUAAAAUUUCGUUACACGUUUUUGUUCAAAACACAGCGAUUAAACAAAUACAAUUCGUUUAUCAAUUUAUUUAUACGAAAUUGAUGUAAAAAUGUAGAAAAAAAUUUUUUUUUUUAAUUAACAACAUUGUGUAUUGCUUAACUUAAAAAAACUUAAAUGAAGUUGAGAAAAAUAUUUCGUAUAAAUUAUUUUUUAAAAAUUAAUUGAGUUUCUUGUUUUAAUGUCAUUAUUGGUGAUUUAAAUAAUUCAACAACGGGUAGUAAAAGAAGUAAAUGAUAUAAAUUAAAAAUGAAGAAGUUCACAAUAAAGGGAGUGCUUGACGGUUUUCGAUCGUCUGUUGCUCAACAGGUCAAACCUGAUCAAGAAAUUAUUGAAAAUUUACGAAGUGAACAUUUUCAAGUAAAACGAACAUUUCGUCAUGGUUUUCCACAUCAGCCAACAGCAGUGGCAUUUGAUCCAGUGCAAAAGUUAUUAGCUAUUGGUACUAAAUCUGGAUCUUUAAGACUACUCGGAAGGCCUGGUGUGGACGUUAACAUUAAACAUGAGGGUGGUGCAGCAGUAAUUCAACUUGAAUUUCUCAUCAAUGAAGGGGCUCUGAUUUCCGUAACUGCAGAUGACACGUUACAUCUAUGGAAUUUGAGACAAAAAAUUCCCCAGGUUAUACAGAGUCUUAAAUUUCAACGUGAAAGGAUAACGUCAAUUCACCUACCAUUACAAAGCAAGUGGCUGUAUGUUGGUACUGAAAGGGGGAACAUUCAUGUACUUCACAUCGAGACCUUUGUUUUAUCUGGAUACGUGAUCAACUGGAACAAAGCAAUAGAAGUGUCAAGAAAAUCUCAUCCAGGAGCUGUUAUCCAUCUGAGUGACAAUCCAUUGGACUUGAGUAAGAUACUUAUUGGUUAUGAAUCAGGACAAAUUUCUUUGUGGGACCUAAAACUAAAGGCUGCGGAAUGGAGAUGCCAAACCGACGAACCAUUACGAUCGAUCUCUUGGCAUCAUGAGGGUAAACAAUUUAUGUGUAGUCACACUGAUGGAUCCUUAUCUACAUGGUUUGUGAAACAGGCUAAACCGAUCAACGUUACUCACCCUCACGCAAAAUUGACCAAAGAUGGCGAGCCAGAACCUUGUAAAUCGAUACAAAAAGUCGAAUGGAAGCUUUCUCGUUCUGGGGAAGCAUAUAUUAUAUUUUCUGGUGGAUUAGCAUAUGAAGCAACUGGAAGAACACCAAGUAUUACUGUUAUUCAGGGAAAAACUACGACUGUUUUAGAAAUGGAGCACAAUGUGGUUGAUUUUAUAACUUUAUGUGACAGUCCAUAUACAAGUGACUUUCAGGAUCCUCAUGCAGUGGUUGUAUUGCUUCAAAAUGAUUUAGUAGUAAUUGAUUUGUUAACACCGGGAUUUCCAUGUUUUGAAAAUCCAUAUCCAAUGGAUUUACAUGAAUCAGCAGUUACUUGUUGCGCAUAUUUUGCUGAUUGCCCUUCAGAUUUAGUGCCAGCAUUUUAUUCAGUUGGUUCAAAGUCACAGAAAAAAACUGGAUUUAGUGAAAAAGAAUGGCCAAUCUCUGGUGGCGAGUGGAGUCCUAAUUCAAGCAGUUACAAUGAGAUUAUUAUUACUGGUCAUGCCGAUGGCAGUAUAAAAUUUUGGGAUGCAUCAGCGGGUUCUCUACAAGUAUUAUAUAAACUCAAAACAGCAAAAUUGUUUGAAAAAUGUAAAACUAAAAGUUUAGAUAAUGAUGACGAUCCAUUGGCUAUACAAUUAAUAUUUUUAUGUCCCGAAAGCCGUAAAUUAGCUAUUGCUGGCGCUGGACGCCACGUUAUUUUAUUUAAAUUUAAAAAAGUUGAAAGUAUGUCUGAAGUUGUGACAUUAGAAAUUUCGCUGACUGGUGACAAUAAAGAUACUGAAGGAUCACCAGAUCCUGACUUGGAUCCCUGCCAGAUACCAGGCGUAGAAGAAUCACGAGCUGCUGAGGCCGCAAUGUCGUUAAAGGUCCGUGGAGGUUUACAAAAACGUGCCGCUGGGUUUCAAGCAACAUUAAUCUGUUUAACAUCUAAUAAUGGUGGUGAACAGACAGACAACAUUACAUCAUUGAGCCUGAAUUCAUCUUAUGGCCUACUAGCAUAUGGCAAUGAAACUGGUCUUGCGAUUGUAGAUAUUAUACAAAAAGUUAAGUUACUUGUAUUAAGUACUACUGACAUCGGUAACACAGGUGAUCCAUACCAACGUGCAUUACGUAGUCCAAAACGUCAAGACGAUGCUAAGAAAGAAAAUGAGGACAAAGCUCGUAGUCCGAGUAUUGAUCAGAUUCAUCGAGAAUCGACACCAGACUACGAAUCAUUAGUAGCAGUAGGAGAAAAAUCGUCUGCUUUUUGUACUUCUGUCUCUUCGCACCAUUUUCAACAGCUAUCAUCACAACAACAACAACAAGCACCACAACAACAACAUCAUCAUCAUCAUCAUCAACAACAACAAUUUAUUGACGAUUGUCAUGGUCUACAUAGUGAUACGCGUGACACUGAUAGUAAUGUAAAAGAUGGUACGUUGGCAGUCACAACGACACCGACCGCAUCGAGAAAAACUGGAGUUGAUGCUAAUGAAGAUGAGAUACGUGAUAAAAAACCAUGGAAGUCAUUUAGUCUGAAACGACAGCUCAGUAGGGUUGACAUUAAAAUCAAGAAUACUUUUACCCCAUCUACAGCUUUAACAAGUUCAUCGACCACGGCUAUUAAUGGGAAACAAGUAUCACAAUCAACUUUUUACCGCAAUCCUACCGAAGUAUCACCUGGAUUGAAUGAUGAAAUAACAACUGCUUCAACAACUAUAACAUUAUCAUCAUCAUCAUCAUCAAAUAAAAGUCCUGUAUCGACACGUUCUCUUCGUACUGAAAAACAUGGCCUUAAAACAAUGACCUGUGAGUUAUCAACAAUUACAAGCCCUAGUGAUGUGUCUGAUGACAAUGACGACAGUGAUGACAAUAAUCAACAAUUAAUAAGUCCGAUAACUGAUAAUCCGAUACGACCUAUUGAUCUACCUCUGUUAGAAAAUAAUGAUAAAUUAAUGGAAUUACACAAGAAACGUUUAAAAGGACGACAUAUAAAGACACGUUUAUUAUCAGUACCUAAUUCAAAAAAUCAAAAACUUAAUAAUAAUAACUACAACGAUGGAUUAUUUACUAGAAAUGAUGAUAAUAAUUUGACGUCGACAACUGGUAUGACAUCUAACAACGAAUCAUUUGCUGGAAAUUUAAUGAGACGAUUCAGCCGUGCAGAUAAAUUCGACAGUACAUUCCAACGUUCAAGAAGUUCAAGUAUGUCAUCACUUGAAAAUAUUUCAACAGAAACCAUCAGCUGCCUUACAUUUGCCGAUUGUUACAUAAAAAAACCCGGUAAUUUUGAUAUUAGUGUAUUACCAACACUAUGGAUUGGUACAUCAUUGGGUUCAAUACAAACUGUUGUAUUUAAUUUACCAGUUCAUGAAGAUCGUCAAACACAGCCUGUGAUUAUUUCUACAUCUAAUGGCUUAACGUUCAAAUUAAAAGGUUGUAUUUUAACAAUAUCAUUUUUGGAUUGUAAUGGUACAUUGAUACCAUAUUCUUACGAGUCAUGGAAAGAUGAAAAUAUUGAGGGUAAAGAACGUAAUCGUGGUGCUAAAUCAAAUAGCCGAAUGUCACCAUUGUUGUAUGCGCAAACAUCAAAUACGACAGGAGAAGGUUGUGAUGAUCGUCAAUUUGUUGUUUUGAUAUCUGAAAAACAAGCUAGAGUUGUAGCGUUGCCAUCGCAAAAUUGUAUUUAUAGACAACAAUUAAGUGAAACUCAUGCUGUUAUUAAAGCUGAAAUAACGUCCAUGAAAGAUAGUGUUUGUCUUGUUUGCUACGUCUCUAACGGCCAUAUAUCAACGUACAGUUUGCCGAGCUUAAGGCCACUCAUAGAUGUCGAUUUUCUACCUUUACAAGAUCUCAGUUUUCAGACAACAAAACAUGGCAUUGUAGACCCUAUGUUAUCCAUUUGGGGCCAUCAACUCUUUGUAAAUGGCGAUACUGAUCAAAUUUCGAAGACAGUUUGUUUCAGCAAUAGAGGUCAUGCGUUAUAUUUAUCAUCACCGACGGAGAUACAGAAAUUUAGUAUAUCUAAUGAGUUUUGCUCCGAGUUGACUGAAAUGAUGGGAGACUUAUUUUCCACAGUAGAUAUGCCAGAAGCGCCUAAAGAAAGUUUCUUUAAAGGUCUUUUUGGUGGUGGUACACGCAAUAUAGAUCGUGAAGAACUAUUUGGCGAAUCAAGUGGACGUGCAUCACGUACAAUAGCUAAGCACAUACCAGGACCUAAUGCUAAUCCUGAAGCACUACGCGAACGUGUUUCAACGGCGACUGGUGAAGUUGCCAUGGCACAUCAAAUGGUCAUGGAACGUGGUGACAAAUUAUCACAGCUAGAAGAAAGGACAGCUCGUAUGAUGAACGAAUCGGAAAAUUUCGCUACUUCAGCUCAUGGACUUAUGCACAAAUACAAAGAUAAAAAAUGGUAUCAGCUAUGAGUCUGAAACAUGAUAUUUGUUAUUAAAUUUUGAAGAAACAAAUUAUUAGAAAUAGUAAUAUAAUAUUUAAAUCAAUAAGAGAAAAAAAUCUUUUGGAAUGAAAUACUAUAGUUCAAUGACAAUUUACUACGCACACAAAAUAUCAAACAAAACCGAAGUAAAAAAUAAUUAAAUAGAAAAAAAAAUAGUAGGUAAUAAAAAAUAUAUUCAAUAAAAUUAUUAAAUUA